AAAUUGUAUACAAUUUCUCUAUAUAAAUAAACCAAAGUUUUAUGGUGUCAACAAGCCAAGAAUCAAUUGUGAUUCAUACUAACAUAUAUUGCAUAGCUAGCAUAUCCAUCAGGGAAAGCAAAAUCCCCCAUGGCCUCUCCCUCAAUCUUCAAUUCAGAAUCCGAUGAAGAUUCCUGGGUCAUCCAAAUCAACCAGUUGGUGAGUGAAACCAACCUCUCAAUCUUGAACAAAAUGCCUGUGUGCAUAUACCAAGUCCCUAAAUCAUUGAGUUGUGCCAAGCCAGAAGCCUUUUCCCCACAACUUAUAGCCAUUGGUCCUUAUACUCACUUUCAUCCAGACCUCUAUCCCAUGGAAAGGUUCAAAGUUUUUGCAGCCAAAGGGGUCCUAGAUCACUUCAAAAAACAUGACUUCAAACAACUAAUUGAGCAACUCCGCAGCACAGGGCAAUUCAUCCGUGCUAGUUACCACAAAUACUUGGACUUCAAGGAAGAUACCUUAUUAUACAUCAUAGCCAUUGACGGUUUGUUCUUAUUGGAUUUCUUCCACAAUUAUCUCAAUGAGGAAGUGUCUGGUUCCUUCAUGACAGGAUUACAAGACCAAGUUCAGCUAAGUGGUGUGAAGCUAACCAAGGAUGCCAUCAUAAGGGACAUCAUCAUGGUGGAGAACCAAAUUCCAACCUACAUCUUAGUGAGGAUCUUGGUGCUUGAAAGCUCCAAACCUGCUGAUUCAGUUCUAGAGUUCUUGGGUUCAAUGCUCUUGUCAUUCUGCAAGAAACACUCUCCACUCAAGGUAACUCACAUCCCCACAGGUUCUGAAGCUGUCUCUAAGCAUUACCAUAUCUUGGAUCUUAUGUACCAUUUGGUGGUCUCUCACACUGAAAAGUCUGAAACACCAACAACACCUGAUCAAAGCGAAGGUACUUCUACACUUAAGAAAAGCUCAAAAUCUGAAGGCACAGCUGCAUCUAAUCACUUUAAGAAAGUUAAAAAUGUACUAUCAUGGACACUAGAGUCUGCAAAAAAGCUGAAGGACGUGAAUAUUCCGCUUGUGCAACCUAUUAAACGACACAUAGAUACAAUACUCAACAUGUCCUCACACCUUGAAAGUCUUUCAUCACACCCAAAACUUUCUGAAGAAGAAGAGACUCCUGUGGUGGUCAACAUCCCUUGUGUGCGUGAGCUUCACUCAGUUGGGGUCUAUUUCCAACCCGUGGAAGGUGGCAACAUGGCCAUCGAUUUCGACGAAAAGAAGGGCAUAUUUUACCUCCCUGUGCUCAAAUUGGAUGUGAACUCAGAAGUGAUAAUGAGAAACCUUGUGGCUCAUGAGGCCUUGACCAAACCAGAUUUUCUAAUCUUCACAAGGUACACUGAAUUGAUGAGAGGCAUCAUAGACACUGUGGAGGAUGUGAAGCUUCUCAAGAAUGCAGGGAUCAUAGAUUCAAGUAGCUCUCUCAGUGUGGAAGAAACUGAGGAACUUUUCAAUGGAAUGAGCAAAUCCAUUGGACCAACCAAGACUGAGAAGUUGGAUGAGACUAUUAAGAAAGUGAACAAGUACUACCAUGAUAAGAGGAAGGCCAACCUCUACAGAACCUUAACUGAAUAUGUGUACAAUUCAUGGAAGCUCUUCACACUUCUUGCCACCUUUGUGCUCUUGGCGAUGACAGCUCUUCAAACGUUUUGCUCGGCUUAUGAUUGUCCCAGUUAUUUUAGACCCAAAUAAGGUUUUCAUAUGAUGAAUAUUCUUAAUGGUUUCAAGUGUAUAAUGUUUCUGUAAAAUUAUAUAUAGCGUUACCUAUACCUUCCUAGCAUAUGCUAUUAUAUUCAUGCAUGUUAUUCAACUGAAACCAUCUAUUAUAUAAGAUUUCUAUUUUCUCUCUUUUUGAUA